AUGGGUGAGACUGUAUCGGAUACCAAAAUGUUGCAUGAUAACAACACCUUCUAUUCCUCUAUUGAAGAAGAAUUGGUCAAUUUGAAAGGUCAGCUAUGGUCUCAAUGGGAUCAAUUAAUUGGCAACAGUAACAAAGGGAACAACGAUGUAUCUAUUGUCAAUGAAGUGGAUAAUGAGACCCUGUCUCUCAUUAAUAAAAAUACCCUCACGUUUGAGUCCCUUAUUGAAACUCUAAUAGUCGCAUUCAAUCAAUCUAAUAUAUCCUCUUUGACUCUGUCUUGGGAAAGGAGCCCCUCCUUUAAAAAAUAUGAUAAAUUGUCGUUGACCAAAAAUGGUUUAAGUCCAAGUGAUACAAUGAUAUCUGGUUUACGUGAUAUAGAUUCAAACAAUUCUAACCCCCUCAGUUUAGAAGAUUCAUAUUUCAAGAUUUUGAGCCAUAUCAAUUGGUUGCAUGGUUACAAAUUACAACUGAAACAAACCAUCUUGUCGAUCCGUGAUGGGAAUCUCGACCAACUUACCAAGUUAACGCACAAUUCCGUUGAAUCACCACCACUACCACUAUCAUUACUACGACCAUCGCCAUCAUCAUUAUCAUCAUCAUCACCACAGAAACCUGAAUAUUACACAGAGAGCAAUAAACAAUCAACAAGAGACCAAUUAUUGAAUAAGACCCAGCAACUGACAAACAAUCUAAUUAAAUCCAACACUCUAUUGCAGUCAAGUAUCCUGCAGAGUGAUCUAAAUUUAGAUAAUUUGAAGCAACAGACCCAGUCCUUGAACCAGAUCCAGGAUAAAUAUUCACAGUUGGAAACCGUCUUCAAUAAGACCAAUAGAUUGGUCAAAUCUUUGGAGACAGCAUCCAACCAAGAGAAAAGAGACGUUUAUAUUUCCCUAGGUUUUCUGGCCCUGGUUAUCUCGUGGGUGGUCUGGAGACGUAUUUUUAAAGGUCCAACAAAAUUGUUUCUUUGGCUUUUAUUCAAAUUUUUCAAAGGUAUCUUAGUCUCCGUCGGUGUUGUGCAAAAGUUUACAAGUAAAGAUAAUAUUCUUACAGUUCCAAAUGCAAUAACAGAUGCUAUAAUGACUACUGGAGCAAGUUUAACUAAUUCUAAUACAGCAACGGAUAUUACUGCGUCUCUUGAACAGGCCGUAGAUGAUGCAAUUAAUCGGAUCCUUUUACAUGACGAAUUGUGA